GUUCUCAAUAUUGAACUUUGAAACUGUGGACUAAGCUGAUAUCUCUGUAAAUAGUAUCCGUAAUUAGUUAUUUCAAGUUUUUAUGUCACAUUUUAUUUUUCAAAAGUUUCGCCGCAUGGUGCAUUAGUGAACGUCACUUUAUAUCGUUUGGAAGAAUACAGAUUAACCACAGCUAAGAAAAAAUGCAAGGGAUCAAAUGCGUUUUGAAAGCGUAACGCGUGAGAAUUUACUUUGUAAAAGGCUUCUCAGUUUUACGCCCGGAAAAAGCAAUGGCAACAGAUAUUCAAAUAGCCCAGUUUCUUGAUGCUGCUGCCAGGGGAGAUCUGAACAAAUUAACAGCCCUGGUAUGUCAAUAUGAUUUUUUGAUAAAUGAACAUGGGGAAAACGGUUGGACUGCAUUAAUGCAUGGUGCACGGAAUGGGCAUUGCAACAUAGUCGAAUAUCUGUUAGAAACAGGGUGUGACAAGUCUUUAGCCAAUGAAGCCGGACAGACAGCCCUUGAUAUUGCUAAAUUUUGGGGACAUACUCAUAUAGUAAAUUUGCUGGCCUAUUCCAAAAUGUGUAGCCCUUCUUCUCCUUCAAGUACUUCUGAAGAUCUUGCCUGCUAUUUCUCCAGAACAUUUUUGGACAAAAUGAGUCAAAAGAGGACAGACUCAGAAUGGCUUAAAUCCAAACAACUUCACCCUUCAACUGUGUACAUAGUAUUUUCUGAUUUAAGUCCAUUAGUCACUCCAGUUGCAGAUGAACAUGAUCCAGAGAAACAUCUCAUUAAACUUUGUAGGUUUGGGAUAGAGGAUGUUAAAGAACUUCUGGCAAAUCCAGAAACAGUUUUGAUUUUUCUUGGGGCUGAAAGUAAACCUCCACAAGAAUAUCUGAAGGGAAAUAAUAUUUUUGAUGAACAGAUUGUGUGGUUUGCUCUAAAUAGCAGUGAUGUAUCAAUAGAAAAGUUCAGAUCUAAAUUUGCAGAGUGCUACUUUGUUGUGUCAGCAAUGCCUGGACUUCUGCAGCUGGCUGAAGAGGAAGCAGGUAUUGUUGCACAGGCACGGUCAGUUUUUGCAUGGCAUACUAGAUAUAGCUUCUGCCCCACAUGUGGAAGUGAAACUAAAAUUGAAGAAGCUGGAUAUAAGAGGACCUGUUUGAAAACAGACUGCCCUAGUUUGCGGGGAAUUCAUAAUACAUCUUAUCCCCGUGUUGAUCCAGUAGUAAUAAUGUUGGUCAUUCAUCCUGAUGGAAAUCAGUGUCUUUUGGGACGGCAAAAAAGAUUUCCUUCUAAGAUGUUUUCUUGUCUUGCAGGGUUUAUUGAGCCAGGAGAAACCAUUGAGGAUGCAGUAAGGAGGGAAGUUGAAGAAGAGAGUGGUAUAAAAGUUGGCCAUGUUCAAUACAUUGCCUGUCAGCCAUGGCCAAUGCCUUCCUCUCUUAUGAUUGGCUGUCUGGCAAUAGCUGUUUCCACAGAAAUUAAAGUUGAUAAAACAGAAAUUGAGGAAGCCCAUUGGUUCUCAAGACAGCAAGUUGCAGAAGUUCUCAGCAACAGCGACAGUUCCUUCUUUGUACCGCCUCAACAAGCUAUUGCAUAUCAACUCAUAAAACACUGGAUAAGCAAGCAUUCUAAUUUAUGAACUUUGCCAUCAGAACUCAAACUGAUCACACCUGAAUCUGGUUUGAUUGGUAUAUAAAUCAAAUGUACUCUUAAUUUGUUCAUUUAUUUCAUAAUUUCAAUGAAAUAUUCACAUAAAAUUUAGAAAUAUCUUUAAUGAUUUGAAAGAAAAUUUAUAUUUUAAAUAAAAUUAUUUAAUUGUAGUAUUAAUUAUAAGUACUGCUAAUUCAUUUUAUUUUACUAAUCAGAUUACUAUAUUUGUAUCAUCUUAAAUGUUCAUUAUAAUAAUAUUUUUUAUAUUUUUGUAACUCGUA